UAACUUUAUAGCUACACUCUAAAGAGAAUGAUAGCAUAAUAUUAGUGUUCCAACAAUGAACCAUGGCUCUUCUUUAUAUUGAAGGAAUUCAAAAUAGGUUAGAUAAAACUACUUUUCAUCGAGCUUGGUACCCACAUGCAGUUCAGGGACUGCUGGUUCUGGUGAAAACAACUUUGGACAGACUCACAGAGGCGUGGGAGUGGCUAACAGCAGUGUUAGGUUUUAAAUCCACACGUGGUCUGGGUCUUGGGCUUGUUUUGCACUGCAUACACACAACUGGAAACUUCUGACCAACUCAUGCCAGCGAGUUGCCCACGUCUAUCACUGCGGGGGCAGACAAGAUCGGACGAAACUUUUGCAGCAAAAUGCCAUCUUUCCCCCUCAACCAGUUUGCUGACCUGGAAGAGAUGAUGUGCAAGCAAUUACUGAAUCUCGAUUUGAGGGAGCAAAACGGACCACUACCAUCCCUCAGUCUGGCAAUGACAACACCAGGGUGCAUUGGUCAGCCACGGAGCAACAUAUCGUUUUCCCUCUCGUCUCUCUCGUGCCUUCCCACUGAUCCUUCAGAGAGUGCAUUUCUGACCUCCAGCCAGUGGGGGCAGAAGUUAGAAAGCCCUCUGCCCUCCCAGCUCGCUAAUUCCACCCAGUGGGGAAAGUCAGGCUUCCUUGCCCAGCGCUCCGUCAGCAUGGUAGAGACCAGCAGCACCACAGCAACAAGUGUUGGCUGGCCCGGGACUGACAUUACGCAAUCCCAAAGUGACAUCAGCCACACUGCACUGAACACCAGCUCCUCCUCUUCCACCUCAUCCGUUUCCUCUUCCUCAUCCCGCUAUAAGACUGAGCUGUGUCGAUCCUUCAAUGAGAGUGGCUUGUGCAAGUAUGGCGGCAAGUGCCAGUUUGCUCACGGGCUGGAUGAGCUUCGGGAUCUCAACAGACAUCCAAAAUACAAAACUGAGCCGUGUCGUACGUUUCACACCAUCGGCUUCUGCCCCUACGGCAUGCGCUGCCACUUUGUCCACAACAAUGAGGAAGAAAAGAAACACUCCUUCUCUCGCUCCUCCUCAUCAUCCUCUUCCUCUUCCUCAAGCAUUCCCCAGCAGCCACCCUCCUCCUUCCGCUUGCACAGACCUCCUCUUGUCCGACAGAGCUUCAGCUUUGCUGGGUUUCCCUCUGCUCCCCAGCAAGCCCUUCAGCCUGCCCUUAAUGCUCACCCUCCUCCUGCCACUGCUUCUUUCACACGCGCUCCAUCGGCAUCUCCUCCUUCCUGCGCUGACAUUACUGACCUCCUUUCUCAUGCCUUCCUGGAGAUGGACACCGCCUUUGAGGCAUCCCCUGCCAACCAGUUGCAUCCUCCCAUGGGCCAGGCCACUGCAGUAGAUCCCCGGUCUCCAUUCCUGCCUUCCCCAGACUCCGGCUGUUAUCCAUGUGGGCUGUCUCCGACUGCCUCCCCUUCCCUGAGGCAGAGUCCCAGUGCUACUGUGGUCUUUUCCGGGCCACUGGGUGCCCGAUCCCUGUCCUACACCUCUCUGUCAGACCAGGACCAGGAUGGAAGCAGCUCUGCUAGCUCGCUCAGUGGCUCUGAAUCCUGCGGUGGCAUUAAUGAAGUCAACGGCAAACGCCUGGCGGUAUUCAGUCAGCUCUCUGUUCCAGAGGAUGCUACUGGGUUCUGCAUUUAGGCUGCAGUGUGCGGCAGACACAUACCUACAUACAUAUUUGCAUACAUUCAGACACAAACCUGCAGACCCGGGAUACUCUGAGACACAAUAUAUGCAGUACACACAUAUCCACGAUCAAGCACACACAGUGCUCACACACAAGAACCCUAUAAAUGCACACAUACCCUCACACACAACCACUGGACUGACAGCUCAGAUGUUCUUUGCACCUGUGGCAUCAAAGGAAAGAAAGACUUGGUGACCGACUUAGAACGCACAGAGAGAUUCACCGAUUAGAUUUAUGUGGUUAAAAUGUCACUGUUGUAUGCGUAAGGGAAGCCACAGUGAUGCUGUAACUAAAAUGUGUGUUGCCGCCAAAACAGUACAUAUUAAGACAGAAGGUAAAUAGUGCUAAAGCUGAUUUGAUGCUUUACCAAAAUAGUAUGUUGAGAUGGAAAAUUGCGACUAAGAUAUUGUAAUCACAGUGUGAUUGGCCUCAGUGUUGCCUGUUGAGUCCAACCACAGCCUUUAUAUAUUUACCAACAUCUUAAGAAUGUGAGAAAGCCAAAGACGUCUUUGUAGCUCAAACGUUUUGAUUAUGCUGGUACAAACACACAAUGUUUAGGAAUUGUUGAUUUUUCCAUUAACUGUACACAGUAUUGUGUUUAUAAGCUGUUGAAACUGUUUUUUUCUCAUAACUCUACAGUCUGAGGUUGUGUUUAGAUCACUGGGCUCGAACCUGAAUGUUACGUUUUUAAACAACUGAAGUGCCUGUUGCGUUAUUUACCAGGUCAUGUGUUGAAACCGUAUUUGUGGGUUUGUUAGGAGAGAUGGGUGGAGGGGUGUGAGUCUUUUUAUUUAGUCAAGUAAGCUAGUGUUAGUGAGUUCAGGUCUCUUUGUUGUUAAGAUGACUAAAAGUGUUCUUCUGUCCCUCGUGCAUUAUUGACAAACUGCCACCAGUAAAAUGCCUAAUGACCAAAUUGAACCUGCCUUACAGGAGGAGGGAGGAGGACUUAACAGAAAAGCCAGUGGGCUUAUCAUACUUUUACUUUUAAUCAUACUUUCUCAAAUCACAUGUUCAUGACAUAUCGUUAACUGUAUGACUUGCUAACUGGAAAAGCAGGACGUGGGAAUUGUCUAGGCUUUUGAUAUAAAUGUGUCUGCACAAACGGCAGUGCAGAAAAAGAUUAACCCUAAAUGAGAUGCCAUCCCAUUAUUCUGCAUCUUAUUUUGUGUAAACUGGUAUGAUCUGAACUUUGCUUGAGUUGCAAGGCACUUGGUGUAAAAGGAAAGUUUAAUUGAGUCGUGAUAGUCCUGUUUUACCUCUGGCAUUUAUCUUAAACUUUGUGGUGCUAAUGUGUAUUUUAGAUUAUCUUGAACACUGACAUUCCCAGGAGUGUUUUUGUCCCCUCCCUUGUCCACAGGCAGCACUGGUGUUACAUUUUUGAUAAAUAUUCUUGUUUUUGUGACUCACCCAACCAUAUUUCAUCUCUCCGUCAGUAUUAAUUCUUCCUGUUAUGGCUUUGUACUGUUAUGAAUGUGUAGCGUUCCUGGUCUCAUGCAUGUGAACUGUGCACCCAGAUCUGUUGCCUUACUGAGCGAGAUCCAGCAUUUUGUAGAGUUAAGGUAUGUAUGCGUGUUAAAGAAAUGUUACUUGGCUGUUUUGUGUGUUUUAUGACGUAGUUGGUUAGAAGAACAGACACUGUGCUGUUACUAGUCUAUUUAAAAUUACCUUUUCAUCAACAUGUUUGAGGCCUGUUUAGUGUUAAAGGUGAUAAUCUUUAGUAAAUUAAUUUCUUUAAUUUAUUUUAACGUAUUUAUAGAGGACUUUGACUUGGUAAUGCUUGUAUCAAGUUUAAUAUAUUUGGUUUCUUCUUUUUUGUACUGGAAAUAAAGUUUUUUUUUUUGAUUUUUUUUUUU